UUUGAUUUCGAGAAUCAAAUGGGAAGAGCCCGUGCGACCCGUGAUUCUGAAUAAAUUCUUGCUUCAUUCGUGUUGCAGUUCGCAAUUUCCAAGGUUUUCCGAUCCCGUCCGUGAUUCACGGGUAGGAUAGUGUGGUGGUGUCUUAAUUAUCUUAUGAUAUUUUACGCGUGAUCAUCGGUUCAAGCCAAAAUCACAAACAUGUCGACUGGACCGAAUCACAAGUACCGCUACAAAAACGUGGGUCUGGAUUCUCAAGAAUUGAGAAGACGCAGAGAAGAAGAAGGGGUACAACUGCGAAAACAAAAGCGCGAGCAGCAAUUGUCCAAGAGACGCAAUGUACCUAAUAUCGUCACUGAUGACGACAACGUAUCCACCACGGAUGAAUAUCAGUCUAUUCCAGCACCCAAUCUGCAACCGGUGAUAACUCAAGAGAUGGUGCAAGCAUUGUACAGUGCUAAUGUAGAAGAUCAGUUAACAGCGACACAGAAAUUUAGAAAGCUGUUAUCAAGAGAGCCAAAUCCACCCAUAGACGAAGUCAUACAGACGGGAAUUGUUCCAAGAUUUGUCGAGUUCCUUAAAAAUAACGAAAGUAGCACCUUACAGUUUGAAGCCGCUUGGGCGUUGACAAAUAUUGCGAGUGGAACAUCUCAGCAAACACGCAUCGUGAUAGAAGCCGGUGCAGUGCCUAUGUUUAUAGCGUUGCUCGGCUCCUCGGAUUACCAAGACGUCCAGGAACAAGCUGUAUGGGCAUUGGGAAACAUCGCGGGAGACAGUCCUGAGUGCAGAGAUCAUGUGCUCAACAGUGGCAUUCUUAUGCCUCUUUUACAGAUUCUCUCGAAAACGACGCGUCUAUCUAUGACACGUAAUGCGGUCUGGGCAUUGUCAAAUCUUUGUCGUGGUAAAAAUCCGGCCCCGGCGUUUGCACAGGUAGCACCCUGUUUGCCAGUCUUGGCUCACCUUCUCAAUCAUGACGACAGCGAUGUCCUUGCCGACGCUUGUUGGGCGCUGUCGUACUUGAGUGAUGGUCCAAAUGACAAGAUUCAGGCCGUCAUUGACGCUGGAGUCUGCAGGCGUCUCGUUGAGCUAUUAAUGCAUGAGCAAAACAACGUAAUUAGCGCAGCGUUACGCGCUGUGGGCAACAUUGUCACAGGAGACGACGUACAGACCCAGGUGGUAUUGAAUUGUUCAGCACUACCAUGUCUGCUACAUUUGCUAGGAUCGAAUCGUGAAAGCGUUCGCAAGGAAGCGUGCUGGACAGUCUCUAACAUCACUGCCGGAAAUCCUCAACAGAUUCAGGCUGUCAUCGAAGGGAAUAUUUUCCCAGUUUUGAUAGACAUUUUGGGAAAAGCAGAAUUCAAAACCAGAAAAGAAGCAGCCUGGGCCAUAACUAAUGCGACGAGUGGCGGUACACCCGAGCAAAUUCGUUAUUUGGCAGAACAAGGAUGUAUUUCACCCUUGUGCGACCUUCUCACGGUUAUGGAUUCGAAGAUUGUGCAAGUUGCUUUGAACGGCUUGGAAAACAUCCUGAGACUCGGAGAACAAGACGCGACGGUUCACAACGGAGUGAAUCCCUACGCCGUUCUGAUCGAGGAAUGUUAUGGCCUAGAUAAGAUCGAAUUUCUCCAGUCCCACCAGAAUCUGGACAUCUAUCAAAAAGCUUUCGAUAUCAUCGAACGUUAUUUCGGUUCUGAAGAAGAAGACACAAGAAUCGCUCCUUCAGUGGACACCCAGAGCCAACAAUUUCAAUUCACAACCCCGGAUUCCUCUCAGAUACCAAUGCAAGGCUUCCAAUUUUAAUCCACCGAUCCUGCUAUCCAAGAUGUGUCAAUAUAUCCUAAAAUAUAAUUCACUAUUUGGUGAAUCCAAAAGAAAACAGUCUCGCACUUUCCGUAAGCGCGCGACUCAACCUAAAAUAAUACCGAGAGAACAAUCCAGGAUCGUUUUUUUUUUUACCAGUUAAAGUAAAUUUAUAGCCAUGCUUUAGGUUCCUUCAUUUUAGAAACAUCAUCUUUGAUGCCAAGAUAUCUCUUUUCUUUCUCUCCUAGCUGAAACUGGUAGACCUAUUGUAAUUGUACAAUGACUACCGUCAAAUUGUAAUUGGCUCUCCCCUUUUUGAUUUAUUUGGUUUCGGGUUUGCAUGAGAGACUCGGCUUACCGGAAAGGUUUCAUUAAAAACCUUAGUCUUAAGUAGAUACUCUUAGGUACUAAAAACAAACACACAUAUGCAGAGAAAUGAUCGAUAGGUUAAAAUGGCGAUUUUACGAGUGUUUUUGGCCUUAUUAAUUUGGGAUGCUUUAAAUUUUGCAUGUCUUUGGCAGCUUCAGUUAGAAUAUUUUCUGUUGCGAGGUGUGCCAUUUCCGGGCCGAUAAAAUUCCAUCUUAAAUUGCCAAAGAGCCAACAAAUUUUGAUACGUGUUGUCUAAACUUGUAAACCAACAUUGUAGAAUCUGCAAUUUCAAGGCGUCCAAACUCUGCAGAUUUUGAGACACGUGGAAGUAGGUUUAAAUUGAAACCCUUUCCAGUUUUGAAAUGUAAUUUAGCUAUUCAGUCUGUCUUUUAAAAUAUCGCCAUUGAAUCGACGAUUCAUUUGAAUAACGAUUAUUAUCGAUGAUGAAAGCAAGAUGCAGAGACACACCCAGUUCGACGUUAGACUGACUCAGAAUCACGGAAACUUGCAUGACUUGCAAGACACUGAACGACUGAAGUACGCGACUACGUAGCCAAUUACGGACAACAAUACGCAACGCGGUACUCAACUCUACAAUAAGUAGGAACAUGACCAAUUAAAACUUUUUUACUGUAAAUAUCUCGUAAUUUUAAAGGCCAUUCUAUACAGAAUGCCCUCGAAAGUAUACAAUUUACAUCAACAAAUCGAAAUCUAGCUGCAUUCCCAAAAUUCGCAAAUUUGGAAAAAGCGGUCGAAUAUUUGCGCCAUCUGGUGCCAAAAAUCUAAACGAGAAAUAACAGGUAAAAGUUUCAAGAUCCAUUUUAAUGUAUGCAUGCAAUAUUUGAUCGAUUACAGAGUUUCCGAUGGAAUUUCUAUCUGAUACAAUGAACGUAGCGAACAUUUGGAUCCAGAUUAUGCAAACCAUUUUGAGUAAUAGGCUAUUGAAAUUUAAAUAUGAAUUCUAACCUAAGUUUUAGUUUCUGAUUUUUGACAGCAGAUGGCGUAUUGGAGUUUAAUUAUUCCCAAUACAAGGCCUGAUUAAUAAUUUUCGCAUGAUUUUUAAAAAGAAGCCUCUUUCAAUGAUGUUGUUAGACUGGCGGAAGGAAUCGAAAAUGUUUAGAAUUGUAUUUUCGUCGGCGGAAUGAAGUUUAUUCUGCGUGAAUUUGGACAUUCUGUAUGAGAGGUCUGUGACUGUAUAAAAUGUAUUUAUUAUUUAGGUUCGACGAUACUAUAUUAUGCAAGCACUAUACAUAUAAACAAAACUUACUUUUAGUUACCGACUUUUAUUCUGACGGAGAUAUAAAUCAUUGUACUAGGGAAUCACUCGUUGUCUGUUGCUUUGCUAAACUGUUUUCUUAGUAGUGGUGACAGUAAUGAGGCCUCGUUGUCAAUUCACAAUGUCGAUUUCGGAAGACUUGUUCGAAUCGCUUGUUUUUGUCUUCCGGUGAAAAAAAAGGAAAAAUAAGAAGAUUGUUAUCGUGUUAUUGGAUCUCGUCCGAUGCAGUGAUUUUUAAUCUAAUUUUCUAGUUCUAGGUAAUAAUUUCGUUGUACAAAGUAGUUGUUAACUGGCAACGAGGCGAUUUGAGGUGAUUUAAAGACGGUAUCUGUAACAUUACAAGGACUGCUGACUGUUACACAACGCCAAUAGUUUGUUUGAUCAGAUUCAAAUAAUAUUUUUUUAAGGCCAUGUUGUCCUUUUUUCGAUUUCUACUUUUACUUUACCGAGAUUUCGGUAAGGUAAGCAUCGGAUAAAUAUUGUAUGGCCUUAAUUGACGUCUACAAAAAUUGAGAAAGACAAAUUGGAAGAUUUUAUAGUUUUAAUGUCUUCAAAUCUUAGUGGAUUCCAAGUUUUAGCGCUAAAUUUGCUUGCUUCUAAGCUUGGAUGCAUUUUAAAUUUACAUGCCUUAAAAUUUCCAAGAUUUAUCAUUUUGGGACGGGUGACAAUUUUUGUCAAUCUUAUAUGAUUUAAAAUUGAAGUGUGAUGACUGGUUUUAAAGUCGAAAUAAAUUUCGGAACGUUCCAAAUUGUUUUCCAAUCAUCUUUCUUCUUUUCUGCAGAAUUGUCAUGUACAAACUAAUUUUCGUUAUCAACUAAAGUCGAAAAAUGAAAUUCUUAUUGCAGAUUGUUUUCGAUGAUUAUGCUCUAUUUACACUUUUUGGAAAAAUGCGAACUGUCAGUGUAUUCGAUUCGAAGGCAUUGCGUUCUCUCUGUAUAAUCAUUUGGCAUGAAGGAAAUAAAGUUGAUUAUAUUGCGUUAGAUUUUUAAUUUUAGACUGUGCAAUUAGUAAUAGAUUUCGAUAAAAGUUAUAUAUUAUUUGUAAUAAUGCCUUACUGAAAGUAAACAAUUCGUCUAAAAG